GUUGAUGUCAACGUUCAAGCAAUAAAUAUUCUACGGGGUUCAAAUGGCGGGUUAGUUAACUGUUUAGUUGACAAUGAUUCACAUGAAAUGGGCUGGCUGAAGGCAAAAAAACAAAGAAAAGGUCCCGAGAUCUGCGAUAAGCUGCAUGUGCAAUUGAUGUGAAGACGGCUUGGCAUUUUUAUAACCCCCAGAAACGCAAACCUGAACAAGAAACUUAUGCAAAUAUCCUAAUCAAUAUACGUUCCUGAGGAGUAAAUACAGUCGAACUACCUCCUUCGCAAUGUGUACAGGAGCGAUCAGAUACCUGCUCCCUCUCCUCUCCAUCUUCGCCGUCUAUUCCAUUUUCAUAUUUGCGCAUCGGAAUGGCUUUAUUUCCAUGCUUCAGCAUGCCAUAGCUGAUGGUAUCCUCCCUGAAACAGACGAGCGGCUGAGAACAGAUAUCACUGGCGUCCAUGCGCUGGACCAACUGUUUGCCAAUCUAAUACCGUUUUUCUGGCCGGUGGUUGAUGGCGGCUCGCCCAGCGCAACUUUGUAUGGGUUGAAGUUCUCUGGUGCUAUCGGCAGCCUGUGGUCGUUGGUGCUGCUGGAAACGUUUCGGGCUGGGAAUAAGUCAUUUCUUGUUUUGUAUCCUGUGAUAAUUGGCGUCCUCCUGCAAUUAUUUACCUUCGGGGUCGUUUUGCCCAUCUACGCAGCGCUUCAUCUCUUUACAUCAAGGACUCUGUCAGCCCGCCAAACCAUCGACAUCCCAUCACACUCACUCACAGGUGUAAACCUCAUUCCCCUCAGCGUAAUCCUAGGCUACCUCCUGCCAUCUCUUGCCAUGGUCUUCCCCGAAACAACAACCACAAGUUUCCUGCCAUCAACCCAGGAGCGCAUCGCCUUCUGGCAACCCUGGCCCAUCUGGCUCUGGCUCAUCCACUCCACACUAACCAGCAUUACGGCCCUAUUCAGCUCUCCAGUCCCCAAUUUCCAAGGCGCCAAACAUACCCGCUCCGCACUCCGCCGUGUCUACGCCUUCGCCUUUACAAUCACUGCAGUCCCACAUAUCGCUGCCUGGUCCCUGUCCCUCGCCGCCGCCAUUUUCCCCAUCCUCUUCGACCAGGAUGUCGCAACUGCCCUGCACCCAGCGCGCGUGUUUCUGAACGCCAUGCCCUGGUCGGGCGUCCAGGCAAAAUCCUUUGGCGAAGGUGCGCUGUGGUUCCUGCAGUGGGACCAGGCAGUGGGAGUUGUCGGGAUGCUCCUCUGGGCUAUCGACCUGUAUGUGGCGGCGCACAGGGCCCGCAAGGUUAAUGUAGGAUGUAUCGGGCUGGCGGUUAAGGUGGGUUUGUUGUGCGCUGUGUCUGGAAUGGCAGGGGCUGUGGUGGAGUUAAUGUGGGAGAGGGACGAAGUCCUGCUUCAGGGAACUGGGCUGGAGAAGGUGCAGGGGGCUGAGAGUAAGACGAAAAGGAGGUAGAUGUUUUGUUUCAAGUCCUGGGCAGCUGAGUUGGAUUUUUUCGGUGAUUUUGUUCGGGCACUCUACUGUGUUGUUUUAUCACCCUCUUUCCUUAAUUUUUUUUUAGUCUUGUCGGUAUGGUUUUGACGGACAUAUGGAUAUGCAGAAAUAUAGUGAGCAAGUCUAAGACAUGAUUUAGUGAAGUAUAUACAUGAGAUCGAUACUAGGAAAAUUGGAGUUUUUAGGAAGGUGAAAUAGUAAAUCCACGAGCGUAAACGGAAACAAAUUGUUAUACACUAUAUCUGUGCUACUUUUUUGGUUCCUCCUUCUUCUCUUCAGGCUGAGGGGUGGGCAAUUUGAACUGUUAUUGUG